AUGGAGCUGGACCCUGUGGUCCCCCGUCCCUAUGUCCUCCUCCUGCCCUUUGUCUGCGAAAAACUUCAGCUAGACAGCACGCUUAAUCAGAAAAGAGAAAAUGAAGGAACAAAGGAGAAUACUCCAACAAGGCCAAAGCCGUACUACGACCUGACCAGCAACGUCGUCCUCACCUUCAUCUACUUCGUGGUCUGCAUCAUUGGGUUGUGUGGCAACACGCUGGUCAUUUACGUCAUCCUCCGCUAUGCCAAGAUGAAGACCAUCACCAACAUCUACAUCCUCAACCUGGCCAUCGCAGACGAACUCUUCAUGCUGGGUCUGCCCUUCCUGGCCAUGCAGGUGGCUCUGGUCCACUGGCCCUUCGGCAAGGCCAUCUGCCGGGUGGUCAUGACCGUGGAUGGCAUCAAUCAGUUCACCAGCAUCUUCUGCCUGACGGUCAUGAGCAUCGACCGCUACCUGGCUGUGGUCCACCCCAUCAAGUCGGCCAAGUGGAGGAGGCCCCGGACAGCCAAGAUGAUCAGCAUGGCUGUGUGGGGCGUCUCUCUGCUGGUCAUCUUGCCGAUCAUGAUAUAUGCUGGCCUUCGGAGCAACCAGUGGGGGAGGAGCAGCUGCACCAUCAACUGGCCAGGCGAGUCUGGGGCCUGGUACACGGGGUUCAUCCUCUAUGCCUUCGUCCUGGGGUUCCUGGUGCCCCUGACCAUCAUCUGUCUCUGCUACUUGCUCAUCAUCAUCAAGGUGAAGUCCUCCGGCAUCCGAGUGGGUUCCUCCAAGAGGAAGAAGUCCGAGAAGAAGGUCACCCGCAUGGUGUCCAUCGUGGUGGCCGUCUUCAUCUUCUGCUGGCUCCCCUUCUACAUCUUCAACGUCUCCUCGGUCUCGGUGGCCAUCAGCCCCACCCCAGCCCUCAAAGGCAUGUUUGACUUCGUGGUGGUCCUCACCUAUGCCAACAGCUGUGCCAACCCUAUCCUCUAUGCCUUCUUGUCCGACAACUUCAAGAAGAGCUUCCAAAAUGUCCUCUGCUUGGUCAAGGUGAGCGGCGCAGACGACGGGGAGAGAAGCGACAGUAAGCAGGACAGAUCCCGGCUGAAUGAGACCACGGAGACCCAGCGGACCCUCCUCAACGGGGACCUCCAGACCAGCAUCUGA